GACGUAUUCGCCAGUGUUGCGCGCAGUGAAAUUAAAUAUGCUGAGAAAAGUCGUAAAGUCAAUUUAUAACACGAAAGCAAUUUAACAAAGGAGAAGCAAAUAAAAUAUUUACAAAGUAUCUGAGAUAUGAAAAAGCCUUGAUUGCACGAAAAUACUUCUGGAGAAAAUUAAUAAACCACACUGAUAAAGUAAUUACACAAAAGAAAUAAUUAAUAAAUUGCAAAAAGAAAAACCGAAAGUACACAAAACGCAAUUCAUUUACACUUUGUUGUGAGUAAAUGCAGUAAAGUGAAGUCGGCGACCUAAGAAAGUGAUAUUGUUACCUACUGCAGUAUAUACAGACGUAGCUUUUUUUUUGCCGUAAGCCGUAUAAACGCGAAUAUGGAUGGUCUGACACGCUCAUUGAAUUUCGAACUGCCACACGAAUUCCCACCUUUGGAUGGGUACGCGCAGCAAAUACUCGAAGGCAGUAAAACAAGCAUAACUGCCACGCCCACAGUGUCCACACUAGAUAUUUCUUCAACUACAAUUAGUCCAUCAAGUGAAAUUUUGCAAAGAAUUGGCGCUACCCUACUUAAUUCUAUACAAUUGAGGAAAUACAUUAAAAUCGAUAAUUCACCGGGUGUGGAUAGUUCGGUUGGAGAGGAAAAAAGUAUGGAUUUGUUUCGCAUGUCCCCACCGAAUCACGUCAUUAUUGAUUCAUCUGGUAUUGACGCCAUGGAUGAGCUCCAACGCCAAGUGGAGUACGACAAGUUUAUGAAUGAAGUGUGGAUUGGAAUUGUGCUAACACUGAUUCUCAUCUCGAUGGUGUUCUGCAUUUGCUCGUGCUUCCUGUACCAUCAGUUCCGGACAUGGAAAAGUAAUUAUCGCAGUACCGUCACGCAAUCACGCAACGCGCUCGACAAUGAAACUACUAAAAUGCAUCCCGAUUUCGAAGAUCCCGUGCCCGAAUAUACGCUCGUCUCAGGGCUGCCUUCCUACGAAGCUGCACUUGAGUUGCUCAAUAAGUCCCCACAAUCUUGCCUCAUUGUGCAUCCCAGCGUCUUUAGCAUAUUUCAUGCAAAUGAAAAAGUCUCGAAUGAGCAGCAACAAAAGCCUCCACAAUCACCUCAGUCACAACUCGUCGAAGUGACGACACCAUUGCUGUCACAGCAAACAACAACGCCAGCGGGCAUAGUAAUGGCCGAUGGUAAGGCUUACGCUGUUUUGCCAACUUAUGAGGAGGCCGCCAAUGUCUAUCACAACCUGUUGUGUUCAACAAAUGUCACAUUGACAGAUGCCAGUGAGAAGUCAGCUGCCGCAUCCACAGAACAAGCGAAAGAAAAGCAUACAAGCCCAUCAACAUCAAACUCCGUGGCAACAGUUAAGGAAACAACAACAACAAUAGCAAUGCAGCCAAGAGUGGCAACACCAACAGCAUCAUUCAGUGAAGUCUGACUGGCGCAUAAAAACUAGCUGCUGCCCGACUACAGAAGACUUGAGAAGUUCCGCAAUUGUCAGUGGAGUGACACUUAAGUAUAGAAGUUUGACAGUUUGCGAACUGUUGAAACACAACUGUGAUAUUGUUUAAAUAGCUGAAUGUUGUUGUACUUAGUUUAAUUAUAUUUAUUUACAUACCUACGUAGACUCAAACAUUAAGUGUGUAUGUGUAAGAUUUUUAUGCAGGACGAAAAUGUAAUUAUUGGAGAAAUUAAAAGCUAGAGAAGUUGUCUUUGCCGCGCAUGCUUUCUCGAAACUGCUGUGAUUCCUACGCACAACUGCUUAAUUUAAAAAUUAGGUAGGGUUAGUUACCAGUUUCGAAUCACAAUUUUUACUAUGUACUUGUAAGUUAAAUCAGAAAUUUUGUAAAUAGAAUUUGACUGUGAAACAAAUACUUAUAAAUAUGUACGUAUGUAUGUAGAUUUAUAUUUUGUAGUAAAUCA